CUUGAGGCUUGCAUAAAAGUGGACCGGCCCCCAGGCUUCGACACGUGGCAAGAAACGCCGACCGGACGCCUCGUACCGAAGUAUAGGCAACCAUGGAACGGUCCAGACUGAAAAACCUUUCCACUAUACGUUCUCCACGUACCCUUCUACAGCAUCUGUGCGAUAACCGCCCCAUCGCCGCGAUCACUGCAUGGACACCCUGGCGACAGCUGCACAUAUGCACGCGUGCGAGAACCCUGUCGCCACGAGGUGGCUUGCAUGAGCGCAAAGGUACUGCACGUCAAUCAGAUCGCAGAAUGGACAUAUUCUCGGGCCCAAUCGCCUUGGCAAUGCAGUUGAGAGCCUGACAGUCACCUGUACCAAGGCUUUGUCACGUUACCAGGUAGCGGAGUCACUGUCAGAACGCGACAGCAUCAGCGUGCUGCCCACGUGGAAGUGGAUCCAAGCCACCGUGCUCCGAGAACAACAACCAGACUCGUGAACUUUGAUGAUGCUCAG